AAUGCAUCAAUUGAUUGCAUCUGGCCGGCAGAUGAUUUUUGUCACUGAAUGUAACUUACAAGCAGCUUCUCUUCUAUUCUUCAAAACUCUAUUCCACUCCAAUGUCGAAGAAAUUCAUGCCUUUCAUUGUGGUCAUUUUAUUCCUCUCUACUUUUCCUCUUCUCACUUGUUGCAGUUACAGCAAUGCUAGUGAAAUCCAGAUGUAUAUUGUUCAUGUGGAAUCUCCAGUCAACACAAAGUUUCUCAGCAUUGAAGAUCGUCGGAGUUGGCACGAAUCUUUCUUACCUUCCCCACACUUGGACUCAGGUGAGCCCCGGUUAGUCUACUCGUACGCUCAUGUAAUCAGUGGCUUUGCGGCACGAUUAACUUCAGAAGAUGUCAAAGCCAUGGAAGGAAAGGCAGGUUUUCUACAUGCUCAACCAGACCAGGAACUGGAGAUCAUGACAACCUACACACCAGCAUUCUUGGGAUUGAACCAAUGGAAUGGCGUAUGGUGGGACUCUGACUUUGGCGCAGGGACAAUCAUAGGUGUCAUUGACACUGGGAUCCUCCCCACACAUCCAUCAUUGUCCGAUGAUGAAAUGCCCCUUCCACCACUUAAAUGGAGAGGGCGCUGUGAUUUCAAUGAUGCAUCACUUUGCAACAACAAGCUCAUUGGUGCAAUGUCGUUUAAAGCCGGUUAUGACUCCUCUCCACUGGAUGAGCAUGGGCAUGGUACUCACAUUGCCAGCACAGUAGUGGGAAGCCAGGUAUAUGAUGCUCAUGUUCUUGGCAAUGCAAGGGGCAGUGCUACCGGCAUUGCUCCAAAGGCUCAUCUUGCAAUCUACAAAGUUGUGCAUGAUAACCAAGGUUUUGACAGUGACUUGCUUGCAGCCAUAGAUCAAGCAAUCUUGGAUGGUGUCGAUGUGCUGUCAAUUUCUCUAGGUAGAGUUUCUGAACAACUCUAUGACAGUGCUGCCAUCAUUGGCUCAUUUGCAGCCAUGGAGAAGGGGGUGCUCACAUGCGCAGCAGCAGGCAAUGGCGGACCAUAUCCAAGUGUGAUUGCCAAUGAUGCUCCAUGGAUGCUAACAAUUGGAGCGAGCACCACUGAUAGACGAAUAACCGUGACUGUGCAAUUGGGGAAUGAAAUGGAAGUAGAAGGAGAAGCAGUGUACCAGAUGAGCAAUUUAGAAAGGACGGCACAAUCACCAAUUGCAUACCCGGGUUCCAAUGGUGUCCUGGAAUUCAAGUACUGCAGACCAAGUACAUUGUUCAACAUUGACAUUCAAGAUAAGAUCGUUAUCUGCUGGGCUGACAAUGAUGGUAAUGUAGAGAAAGGCAUUACUAUCAAGAGGGCGGGAGGCGCCGGCAUGAUACUCUUGAACAGCCCUUUGCAAUCACUGACCAUCAUUGUUGAAGCUCAUGUCCUUCCAGUUGCUCAUUUGAGCCACAGAGAAACAAUGAAACUCCUGUCCUAUAUUGAUUUACCAUUGCACACUUGUCCUACAGCGACAAUCAUCUCCAAGGGUACAAGGUUUAGAGCUCAACCAUCACCAGCAGUUGCUUCCUUCUCUUCAAGAGGCCCGAGCUUGAUAAAUGGCGGAAUUCUGAAGCCAGAUGUUAUCAGUCCCGGUGUGAACAUUCUAGCAGCAUGGUCUUUGGACACCGGUCUUAGCCAAAGCACACCAUUCAACUUCAUGAGUGGCACAUCUGUGUCCACUGCUCAUCUCGCUGGUGUUGCAGCCAUGCUUAGAAGCACUCACCCAGAGUGGUCACCAGCAAUGAUCAAAUCUGCGAUCAUGACCACUGCCUAUAAACAAGACCUUGAUGGCAACCAUAUUGCUGCCGAAUACCCAGAUGAUUCCCCUGAUAGUGAUUUCUUUGCUAUGGGGGCAGGCCAUGUCAAUCCUUCAGGAGCUCAUGAUCCAGGCCUGGUUUAUGACAUUGAGCCAAGUGAUUAUAUAAACUAUCUUUGUGGAUUAAGCUUAACAGACAGAGAAGUUUCAGUCAUAGCUCAUCAGAACAUCCAGUGCUCCGAUGUUGAAAAGAUCAGUGUAGAAGAGCUGAACUAUCCUUCCAUCAGCUUGAGCUUGGAGUUGGACCGUAGAAAGAUCAUAACAAGGAAUGCGACAAAUGUGGGAGAAGCCCACUCUGUUUACUUUGUCCAUUUUGAUGAACCUGAAGGAGUAACAAUGGACGUUACUCCUGAUAUGCUCUAUUUUACCAGGAAAAACCAAAAGCGGUGUUUCACCAUUGAGUUCAUCACCAAGGAUGACUUUACAGGACGUGGACAUGUAUCUGAAGGGCAGUUGUCAUGGGUGAAUAAACAACAUACUGUAAGAAGCCCUAUUUCUGUCAACUUUGUGUGAGAUAUCAACUCAAGUUUAGUGUCGAAAAGAUGCACAG